AUGGCCACUAGCACAUCCACCCCCAGCCAAGAACUGGUGAUCGGCACACGGAACUCCAAGCUAGCGCUCGUGCAAGCCGAGCGUGUCUCGCAUGACUUGGCGCAGCGGAACCCCGGGUUCCAGUUCCCAUGGCGCACGGUAUCCGUGAGCGGCGAUGUGGACAAGACCAGCCCGUUCCUGAAAUUCGGGGGCCCGUCCGACGCGGCUAAGAACAUUUGGACGGAGGAGAUGGAGGCGAAGCUCAAGGCCGGAGAGCUAGAUUUGCUGGUCAACUGUCUCAAGGAUAUGCCGACUCGGCUGCCUGCGGGUUGUGUGCUGGGAGCUAUUGUGCAUCGGCAGGAUCCGAGCGAUGCGUUUGUUGUGAAGGAGUCGUUGCGUGAACAGUAUACGGAUCUGGCGCAGUUGCCGGCGGGUUCGGUGGUGGGUACGAGUUCGACGAGACGGAAGGCGUUGUUGGCGUUGAAGUUUCCGCAUCUGGUGGUGCAGGAAUGUCGUGGGAACCUUGACACUCGUCUGCGCAAACUCGACGACCCGAAUGGCCCUUUCUCAGCCAUUAUUGUCGCCACGGCCGGUCUUGUCCGCAUUGACAUGGCACACCGCAUAACGAAACGUCUCUCGCCGUCUGAAUUCCCCUACGCAGUUGGUCAGGGCGCAUUGGGAAUCGAGAUCCGCGAAGAUGACGCCCAGACCCUCUCUAUGAUCCGACCGAUUGAAGAUCGUCUCGUCCGCAAGAUCUGCCUGGCCGAGCGAUCUCUCUUGCGCACUCUGCAGGGCGGAUGUUCGUCCCCGGUGGCUGUUUACUGCACUCCAGGCACGCCAGACAGCGCCGCAAGCCCUCGACUGAAACUAGAGGGCAUGAUAAUCCAUCCUCAUGGCACUAAACAGGUGUCGGCUUCAUCGUCCGCUGACGUAGGUACUGACGAAGAUGCGGAAGAAUUGGGUGCAACGGUUGCUAGAUUACUUGAAGAGGACGGAGGAAGGGAUUUGUUGCAGGCAAUAGCCUUGCUUUAUGAAAGUCGAUAUUGA